AUGUUGGGUGUACCGUUCAUUGAUCGGUGGCUCGCCAAUACUUUCAAAGCUAAAACUUUCGACGAUGCCGUCGACCGUCUCAGCUACGUCACCACCGCCACUCUCCUCACCUUCUUCUCCAUCAUGGUUUCGUGCAAACAGUAAGUUCCAACCACAUUCCCAGAUUGCAUCAUGUAGUUUAGUACUGUAGUCAGCGAUAUUCCAAUUUCCGUUUCUCGCAUUGACUCAUUCACUGAGCGCAUUUUACGGUCGAACGAGCGAGGUGCGCGAGAUAGAAUAAGCCGAGGGCCGAUGGUGUUUGUGUUUGCACUUCUUCGGUUUGAUCGGGCUCGCGUUUUGAAUCACUGUGAUGAAUAAAUUAACGUGUAGCGAGGCGGUGUGAGUAUGAUUUAUGGGUGCUAAGAAGAAAACGGCGCAACGAUACGAUACUGUAAGCUAUCUGUCAUCCGAGCUUAUCGGAGCAGCCGGAGCCGGACAAAUAAACAAUCAGUCUUACAGAUACGUCGGAUCUGCCAUCCAAUGUUGGAUGCCAAUGGAGUUCAAGGGAGGCUGGGAGCAAUACGCUGAAGACUACUGCUUCAUCCAGAACACGUUCUUCAUUCCCGAACGUUCUGAGAUCCCAGGCGAUGUGGAAGACCGUCAGAAGGCUGAGAUUGGAUACUACCAAUGGGUGCCGAUUGUGCUUGCCAUCCAGGCGUUCAUGUUCUACCUUCCAUCCUGGAUCUGGUCGUCGUUGUACAAGCAGUGCGGACUCGAUUUCCCGUCGGUGAUCAGCGAGGCUGAGGCUCUCCGCAGCAGUGAUUCUGACUCGCGCAAAAAGGGAAUCAACAAACUGGUCGGAUUCAUUGAGGACAUCCUGGAGACUCGCUCUAAGAACGACUACGGCCGUUUCUACUGCUAUAGAUUCGGAAAGGGCCUCGGAUCAAUGACUUCGGUUCUUUACAUUUGCAUCAAGCUCAUGUACCUCGCCAACGUCCUCAUUCAGUUUGUCAUUCUCAACAGAUUCCUUGGAAACGAAACGUUCUUGUGGGGAUUCCAUGUAAGAAGGAAUUCAGCGAUCAGAUCAUUCAAUGAUCCAUUUUCAGACCUUUGCUGAUUUGUACUCUGGCCGUGAAUGGCAGGACUCUGGAGUGUUUCCACGUGUCACUCUCUGCGACUUCUCGGUCCGCAAGCUCGCGAACGUCCACCGCUACACCGUCCAAUGCGUGCUCAUGAUCAACAUGUUUAACGAAAAGAUCUACCUGUUCAUCUGGUUCUGGUUUGUCUUCGUGCUCAUCACCACUUUCAUCAACACGCUGUGCACGAUAUGGCGCCUGAGUGUCGACACCUCUCGCAACAACUACAUCCGAACCCUGCUCAGUGGACCAGUCCAAAACUUCAAGGACGAGCAAUCGAGACUGCCGAUCGCCAAGUUCACCAACCACGGACUGAAACAGGACGGAGUUCUGCUCAUGCGCUUCAUCGACGACCACGCCGGAGCCAUGGUGACCAAGGAAAUCUGCGAGAAACUGUUCACCAACUAUCUGGAAAGCGUAAGCUGCCUGUCAACCGACACAUUUGUGCUAAUGAUGGAAUAGAUUUCAGAAUCCGUACGCCCGACCUGUGCACCAUGGUCACUCGACAAAGUCGACUUCACCUGGUAUCGAGGAAGGACCCCAUGA